AUGUCCAGCUCUACUGAUGGGACUGAACCAAAACCACCCUCAAUGUCGGUCCAUCCUUCCAUUUCACCUACUCUUCCAGUUCCACCAUCGACUCCGCCGGAUGAUGUCCAAAUGUCCAGCUCUACAGAUGGGACUGAACCAAAACCAUCCUCAAGGUCGGUUCAUCCUUCAAAUUCACCUACUCCUCAAGUUCCACCGCCGGCUCCGCCGGAUGAUGUUCAAAUGUCCAGUUCUGCUGAUGGGACUGAACCAAAAUCAUCCUCAAUGUUGGUCCGUCUUUCCAAUUCGCCUACUCCUCCACUUCCAUCACCGGCUCUGCCGGAUGAUGUUCAAAUGUCCGGCUCUCCUGAUGGGACUGAGCCAGAACCAUCUUCCACGCCGGUCCUCUUCACUGGUACUCCGAGGAAGGAGAGCCAAGCGGACUCCAUAAURCUCAAGCCCGACUCACAAUCUCAGGCUGAUGGGAAAAGCGCCCCGAAAUCUCGGGAAGCGGCUCUGAGGCAAACCAGAGCGUCCAAAAAGCCUUCGUUUAAACCGUCACCGCCGUCUGCAAUUUCACUUGACUUUUCAGUAUCCAGUCCCUCAUUGGGUCGAGCGCUAGAGGCUCAGAGGRAGAAAGUAUCCCACUAUGCCAAUCUACCUCAAUCCCAGGCAAYGGCMCUCAAAAAGGAGCAGGCCAAUGCAGGUACUCCUAAUAAGAAGAGGGCUAGAAAGAAAAAACAGUCCUUCAAUUCCUUUAACAUCACAUAUGAUGACUCGCAGAAAACCUUUUCAGGUCCGCCUGCGAAGGACUCACUUUUUCUGGGACCCGUACCGGGUAAAAAGGGGAAAAAGCCCUUCAAUUCUGUUAAAAGAUAUGAUGAUUGGUUCUAG